AUCAGCAAGGGUCCCACGUUUACCUGUGUGUUCCUGGCCACCGUAGUAGUGCCGACUGUCCACUUCUCCACCACCAGACUCAACUUUGGAGCCUGCUUCAUCUACCGUGCUGGGAUGUCAGCUGCCCAGCAGACCCUUGUCAUCACAAACAAGGCAGACAGGGAUGUGAGUUUGAACUGCUUGUUCACCAACACCGUGCAUCUGGAGGUGAACUUCCCAGGGUGCAUCCUGCGCCCAGGAGGGACAGUGGAGGUGCCCAUCACUUUCUAUCCCAGAGAGGUUGCGUCCUACCAUGAGCUCAUCCCUUUUGAAAUCAAUGGCCUUUGCCAGCAGACUGUUGAGGUCCAAGGAAGGGGCAUGGAAAUGAAGGUUGACGUUGUGGAACCACAAGGAAAGGUGGUGAAGCUGGGAGCCCUCUCCAUCGGACAGAUGGUGAAGAAGACUGUCACCAUAGCAAACAACAGUGCUGCCCCUCUCACUUUUAAGCUCAGUCUCGUGUCCACCAUGCCAGAGCUGCAAGAAGCUGGGGUUCUCUGCUUGAACCCCACCAAGGAACUAAGUCUGAAGCCCAAAGGAGACACCUGUAAAGUAGAGGUGACCUUCUCCCCAAAAUGCCGCAUCCAGCCGUUCACUGAAGAAGUGAUGUUGGAGUGCAACGGCCUGGUGCGCUCCCUCUUCAUGGUGCGGGGCUCCUGCCAGGGCAUCCACGUGAGCUUGGACCAGGAACACCUCAGCUUUGGAGCGGUGGUGCAGCAGAGCUACACAUCCCGGCACAUCAUCAUGCGGAACACGGGCGACAUAGGAGUCAAGUUUAAAUGGGACAUCGAGAGCUUCAAGCCAGAUUUCUCCAUCAGCCCCACAAAGGGUUACAUCUCCCCAGGAAUGGAUAUCCCCUUCAUUGUGACUUUCCGCCCCUCUAAGCUGAGCCACAUUAUCCAGUACGAGGGCCUGCAGUGCUUCAUCCACGGCAGUGACCCGCUCCGGCUUACACUGGUGGGGUCCUGCAUGGAGACCCCUGUGACCAAAGAGAUACUGACUUUCACAUGUGACGUGCGUGAAAAGCACAGCCAGACCAUCCUCUUGUCCAACCCGAGCAAUGAGGCCUGGACUGUGCAACCUGUCAUUGAGGGGGAACACUGGACGGGGCCUGAAUUUUUCCAUCUAGAAGCCAAUCAACAAAAAAAACCCUACAAGAUCACUUACAAACCCCUAACCAUGAGCUCUGAGUAUAAGAAGCAUCAGGGCUCCAUCUUCUUCCCAUUGCCGAAUGGGACAGGCUUGUACUACCUCCUGCAAGGGACUGCUGAGGCCCCAAAGUGCUCAGGGACCAUUUUCCGGCAGGUACCAUGUAGGACUUCCUACACUGAGCUCAUCCCUGUCUCCAACUGGCUGAGCAGACCACAAAGGUUCCUUGUGGUAGUGGACAUACUCAAACCAGAAAACCUGGAAAGCAGUUCUGUGCUGCAGGGGCUGGAAUACAUUGAUGUGCCAGCCUCUGCCAAGAAGGACUACAAGCUCACGUUCCUCUCCUACAAGGAAGGAGUCUUUAACACAAUGGUGACCUUCCUCAAUGAGGUGACCAAGGAGUACUUGUUCUACAUGGUGACUUUCAAGGCCACCGCUUCAGGACCCAUCAGCACUGUUGAAAUAACCACCGCUGUUCGGCAGAGAGUGUCUUCCACCAUCAAGGUGGACAACCCUCUGCCUGUUCCGGUGACGUUUGCCAUAGAUUGCAAAGUGCCUGACGUCAACAUUCCCCCACAUUUCACUGUUCCUGCACAGUCAGAGGCUGAUCUUGUCUUUGAGUACCAGCCCCUGAAAAUGGGUGAGAGCACCGGGCGCCUGGUGCUUCAGAGCAACGACUUGGGCUCUUUUUACUAUGACAUGCACCUGAAAGCCACCGUCAACAAGCCGGAGAAGUCCCUCUACUUCUGCACCACAUUGGGCUCUAGUCAGACCAUCACCACAAAAAUAAUGAAUUACGCCCAGCAGAAGACCGACUACCUCCUUCAGAAACCCACCAGCGUGGCCCCCGCCAGCCCAGGGGGCUCGGAGGUGAGCGUGGAGGUGACCUAUGAGCCCUGCCAGCUGGGUGAAGCCAAGGCCACGCUCCAGCUCUCUUCCCCGCUUGGAGGGGAGUACAGCAUCCCCCUCUUCGGCCACGCCCUCCCACCCAAGCCCCAGGGCCCAUUCCCCAUCAAG